UCGGCUCCAAGCGCUUCGAAGUUCCAACGGCCCGGGGGCGUUUUUCACGCCGUGGCCAUGACAUGGCGUGAAAAGCUGGGCGUGGCUCUCCUGGUCUAUGGGAUCAUCAAUGCAUAUCUCUUCGUGAAGUUCACACCUGUCUACUCCGCAACCGUGUGCGGGGAUCAGACGGCUGAAUUGAAGAACUUUGAGAUGGGAGAGACGAUCCACGUGUCUAUUGAGAUUCAUGUGGUUUGUUCCAAUCCGAACCCUUACCAGGUGGAGAUCCUUAGCGAUACCCCCGGCCACGUCUAUGUGGGGAGCGACCGAGGUACCGAUGUAGGCGUGCUCACGCUGGCAGAAGGAUCCACGCUUCCUGCGGGUGGUCAGGGGGUCAUCCGGGUGCUGAUGGACAGUAAGAUCGCUCGAACCUCUUCAGGCUCGUUGGUGGAGAAGUUUCUGGGGGACGGUGAGAUCCCCAUCUACAUGGACUUAAAGUUCGAUGUGGGCGUGAACAUCAUCAUCGGCUUAUUGCAUUUUCCACCGAUGACCGCGCCCUUCGACAAGAAAUGCGGAAUGCAUAUCGGCGGCAUGUUCCAGCGCGCGGCGAACAAGCUUGGCCCAUUGAUUUGUAGAGACAGCUAUGAUGCACUGACUCUGGCACACUUAGGUGAAGAGACAGGUGGCAUGACCUUUUCUGCUGCUCAGAUGGAUCCAGAUCGAAUCCGCAUGGGUGAAACCAUGAAAAACGUGUGCAUUCUGGGCGCUGGAGGUUUGUCUUUCUUCUUCGGCUUCUUCCUCACGUACGCCUUCUGGCUGGACCCUCUCCGCUACUGCGAGGUCACUCUGCGGCGCUCGACCACUCGAAGCCUCUCAGGAGGCCUCAGCCUGAGGGCAACGCUGUCGGAGCGAAGCGCGCGAGGCAUGGAGAAGAAGAAGACACUGCACCGAUUGGAUUUGAGUGACGGCAUGGAAAGGACCUGGGUUGGGGGGAAGAAGAAACAGGAGCGGAUGUGCGAUGCCAGAUCGUUGUUGUGGGGAAGCACCAAACAUGCCGGAUCUAGACCGCCUAGGCCCGAUUGGAGCAUUCAUGUGCAGUAAAAAUACUUUUGGUGCUGGAUGGAGCUUGCUGCAAGUGUUCUUCCAGGAGCUACUAGUAGCGUCCUUCCUAGUUGCUUCUUGUUACUAGUAGUAAUGCCCUCCAACCUACUAGCGAUGGCCUCCAACCUAAUAGCAAUGGCCUCCAACCUAAUCGAGAUGGCCUCCACCUAGUAGCUUUUUGUUCCUAGUAGUAAUGCCAGGAGCUACUAGUGGCGUCCUUGCUGCAGUAAUAAUACUUUUGGUGCUGGACGGAGCUUGCUAGAAGAACAGCCUGUUUUAGAAGGUUGCGCCUGGGUGGUUCAUUCCAAUGUUGGGAAAAGGUAUUUGUACAGACCGAAGGAAUGCCGCCAAGGAAGGCACCAAUCUUAUAGUGUAGAUAUGUCCUGAUCCUGUUCAAUGCGUAUCUCCAAAAAAGUGUUUGAUGUUGACCACUCUCGUUUGCCCAAGUCAACGCUACUCAUCCCCCUGAAAGAAUUCCUGAUUUGCAAGAAGACUUUUGAAAACAAGAAGUCCCAUCUUCUCGCGGACCAGGGGGCAAAUCUUCUCGCUGCUCUCGUGUGGCAUUUUUAGUGGAUGGAAUGCUGGUGGACAUGGGUCCACCCAGCCCCAUCUGGCACAGCGAAGUGACUCACAAGCCAGCGGCGAAUUGAGAGGUUUACAGCCUAGCUGUGUGCGUGGCAACCGCUGACGCCAGCGGAGUCGUGGUUGGUCGAGGUGAUGGUGACAGUGAGGC